ACGUCACUCGAGGGGCGGGCAGCGGAUCCUGGUUUGUUAUUUUGGGCUUUCGUGCACGUUUCGGUUUGCUGGCUGCUCGAUUAUGAGAAGGCGUGCAUUUUCUCCGUAGUCCUUCUUUUUUUUUUUUAAACGAAGUUAUAGGCUGUGUACUUUCUAGACCCUUGUCCAAGAACCGAGUAGCGCCGCUCGGUUUAUUUCAAUUACCCAAUAUUCCCAAGUAAAACCAGACAUGAGCAAACUGGAUCCCAAUGCGGUCUUGGUGAGAUUAUUACGACAAGGUGAUACUGAAAUUGUGACUGAAAUUCUGAAGGACACCUUCAAAGGUGCAGAAAACCGACUCAUCCUUUACCUACUGACUCGCCCCUGCGCCUUGCUUCUCCUUGCCAUAAGCAGCUCAGCGCUGCGGUUCCUGGUGAACUCCUUCAUUGCUGCCCUAGUACUUCCAGUGUUUGUGGCAGCUUUUUAUCUCAAGCUUACCAUUUGGCGCUUGACUGAUGCACACUACAGCAGCAACGCACUCUGGGAACACUACUGUGGAAGUCGGGAUUCAGUGCAUGAUAAGCACAGUGGAGAUGGGGACUCGCCACAUGGCGUUCACAAUCGGUCUAGGAGUUCUGGCUCAAGGACCAAACCUGGAUCAAGUCCAACUUGUAGAUUGUGGGUGGCAGAGUGGGAUGGUGAAAUCCUGGGCUGUGUAGCUAGGGAUUUGGGUUCAAAUUCGGGUCAAGCCCGACUUUGCAGGUUGGCCGUUUCCUCUUGGCAUAGGAGGGAAGGCGUUGGAACCCUUUUGGUGAGAGAAUUUGAAAGGCAGGCCAAGCUGGAUGGUUAUUCCUCAGUCAGUGCGCAUGUGUCUGUUGUAAGUAAAGUUGGGGUGGAAUUCUUUAAAAAUGUUGGCUACACAGCAGAAGAUGGUAUUGGAAUUAAAGGGUGGCUGGGCUAUCCUAUAUCUCAAGUGUAUGUUAAGAUGCUCUAACUGAUGAGCACAAAAUGCAUCAUAAACUAUCACGCAGAGAGCUGGAAUGAUCAUGCAAUUGUACAAUAGGACUUGCAUAUCAAUUUAUUAUUAGGGUUGUGUUGUUCCCUAAAAAAAACCUUACUCCAUCCUUCCUAUGGAAGAUCUUCACAAAUUUGUAAAAGGAGGAGAGGGAUGGGAUAGUACGAAAAAAGAGUCAGGCAUAAACAUAUUUCUAGACCUCCCUGACCCUCCGUCUGCUGGGAUUUAAUUCAGAAGCUCAAUUAGCAGAUUUUUUUCAGAGUAUAUCCAUAUUAUACAUUUAGUGAGAACAUGUGACAUUUUAAAGAUAAUGUAUACCUGAGCCCUAAUUUAUCCCCCUGAGAACAGAAAUUGCGAUUGGCGGUUGGAAGUCUCAAAUGAUACAAAUGUUCCCAAAUUUUUAUGCACGCAUGGUAAGUGACUUUUUCAGAGUGCUAUGUUAUUGUUUAACUGGUAACCCUUUUGCUUUUAACCUUAUGCUUUAUCCUCCAUGAGACUGACACUAUAUCCACACUGCUACGUUUUAGUUUUAAAAUGCAGACAUUAGUCCCCAUUUCGUCCACACUUGUCAGUUUUAAUUUCCAGAAACACAAACUUUUAGAAAUAUUCUCCAAAUCUGUAUAUUUCUGAAAAAGCCAGCUUGGCAUUGCAAUGUGAACAGGUGAAAAAGUAGAUGUUUGGAAGCACAUGCUCUAAUUGUAGUCUGAUUCUCCCAUGCUUAUCAUGAAGCCAAUCUUUUUUGAAUCCAUACUUAAACAUGCUUAUCCUAAUUUAUGUUCUCCUUUUCCUGGCCCAAGGUAGCAAUUUGCUGAGCUGUUGUAACCAGGCCUCCCAUUCCCCCAGCUACUUCCUCCAGGCCUUUUAGAUAAUAUCUACAAUGCUUCAAGUACAGUCGAGGUAUAGAAUCCCUUCAGUGUGUCCUUGUAUUUGUCUCUGUUUCCCAGUGAGCUCUGAAUUGUUUGCCUCCCAAAGUAGAUGUUGUAGGCAGUCAAACUACAUGCCUACACCACCUUGUUCCUCUAAUUUUGUGAAGGACCAGUUCUGCUCUGAGCUUUAUCAUGGAACUUCUUAUCCUCUUGUGGAGGAUGAGCCCAGAAAAUCUAUUUAGAAAUCUCAUUAUGGGCCACUUGUACACACAAUCGCAUUGUUUCAGUCUUUACUCAGAGCCUAUGACUGUAGGGGAAUAUUGGGACAGUCAGGUGACAGGCAGAGUGGAGGUGGAACCAAGUCUCCUUUUCCUUCAGGUUUCUUGUCAGUGUAGGAGGAAUCUGCCGCAUAUCUUGGCAUAGUUGAAACUAUCCAUCCAUCCAUUUUCCAACCCGCUGAAUCCGAACACAGGGUCACGAGGGUCUGCUGGAGCCAAUCCCAGCCAACACAGGGCACAAGGCAGGAAGGCAGACACAAAUGGAAUGCCAGUCCAUUAUUGGGAAUAUUUAAACCUGCGUGUACUGAGUCUCUUCAUUUUAAAGUUGACUGCUAAAAACAUUUUGCAUGGAGGUGGCUCUGUACAGUACUUUACAUUACACUAAUUCAAAAGAAAUAGUCAGUUUAGAAAUUAAGUUCAGUUUCAGUAGAUAAAAAAGGAAUGUUGUCUUAAUCUGAGCAAAUUGUUACAUUUCUGGGUAUAACGACUUUAAAAAUUAAGAGAAUGGCAGCACUUAAAACAUUUAGCUCUGUGUCUUUUUGUUGUCAACAUGGAAUAAAGUGGUAACACAACAAAGAUCCAAGCAGAGCAUUUGUUCUGAUGUGGGAAUUGAGCUAUGGUGCCUGAAGUAGAAAUCAGUGGAGUUUAUUUUUGUCACCAAGCAGUGUGUUAGCAAUUUGGCUGUCAUUUGACAGUGGACUGCAGCACAAAAGCACAUUUCAAGUGACUCAGUGGAAUGUUUAGAUCCUAACACUGCAUUAUAUGGAUGCUGAUGAAGGCCAAUAGC